GAGUAUUGUUCACCCGCUACCAUCAGACAAUGUCGACAAAAUUCAACUGACGCGAAACUUGAUACUGACACCCGAGACAAGAUGGACGCAGAACAAGAACCAGAUUCUCAGCCUGCAAGAAAGCGGCCUCGCAUUGACCUUGGCGUCGGCGAGCGCAAGCGAGGCAAGAGCAUGUUUGGUAUUGUUCUUGGAACGCUGAACAAGGCGAAGAUUGAGGACAAGGAAAGGAAUGCUAGUGAAGCAGCUAAAAAGCGUCAGAUGAUAGACCAGCGGUUGCAAGCUAAGCUUCGCAAAGAGACUGACUCAGUUCGACGCUCUGAAGAAGCCAAGAAGGACAGGAACCUCGCAAAUCGAAAGGAAGAAGAACUUCAACUCAAAGAUUCAAUCUAUAAGCUACGAAGAACGCAUUUACCACUCUAUUCUCACUUCCUAUGUACAUCUGACGACAUCCAGUCCAUUGAUUCCAUGGAAGACCAGCCAUCAUCAAUAACUCUUCUAGCUUUGCCCACACGAUCGCACCCUCCGCCUCUCUUUUAUUUGCCCGCGAUACUCACAGCAGCCCAGGAAGCAUUUUUAGAAAAACGUAAAUUCAAGGUCAAGGAAGCAGCCGAAUCCGAAUGGUCCACCUUCCGCGGGGAGCGUACUGCCGGUAUCGACGAAAUUAAGGAGCUCCGACUACGUGUUGCCGAUGAGGACGCAAGAAAGAAGAAGGAAAAGAAAGAUGAAAUCGAGGCAGACGAAAAAAAUCAAAUCAGCAAGGACGAGGAAAUGACCUCUGAGGAGCCUAAGACUUCUGAAUCGAAGGCGGAGGAGCGUGACUCUAAGACGGAAGAAAAACCUGAGGAACGCGAAUCAAAGACGGAAGAAAUGGAGGUAGACGUUGGUACUAAGGAGGAAUCAGGCAUGCGCGCAGACGAUGAAGAUGCAGUCGAAUACUGAUUUAGAUUGAAUAGUACAAUUGUGCGUAAUCAUUUGAAGUUGUCACCUGUAGUUCGGUUAAUAUAAUCAGGUGUCAGAAUUGCUCAUGAUAACCGAUGAGCCAAUAGCUAGGGAUGCAUUUUCCCAAUGCUAGGAGAUGGUGUUAUGGUGUCUAUAUCCAUCAAGUUCAAAGUUGUUGAUAUCUGUCUCGAGCCAAGAGGAAUAAACCAUGAUGAGA